GGUCAAGGUAUGUGGAUCAUAUAUACACCCUCUCUCUAAUCCUGCUGCAUGUUCUCAGAAAUUAUUAUGUGAGCACUGGAGAGGAGCCUCAUGAUUGGACACCAGGUGGUGACUCAGGCGGUAGGCAGUGCUGAGGUUGGAGCUUCCUUGGUAAACACCUGACGCCUCCCUUUCCUGCAUUUCCUCCCCUUCCCCACUGGCUGCUCCCUUGGAUGCCAGCUGCACACAGAACCAGCUGGUCAGUAGCUUGUUGGAACACAGACCCUACAGCCAUUUAUGCCAGUGGAUCCUUCCCAGUGCCUUCCCUUUGCUCUUUCAAACUCUGCUUUAAGGCUGAGAUGCCUCGACAGUUCCCCAAGCUGAACAUUUCGGAGGUGGAUGAGCAAGUCCGACUGCUGGCCGAAAAGGUGUUUGCCAAAGUGCUUCGAGAAGAGGACAGCAAAGAUGCCUUAUCACUGUUUACUGUGCCCGAGGACUGCCCCAUUGGGCAGAAGGAGGCCAAGGAGCGAGAGCUGGAGAAGGAGCUGGCUGAGCAGAAGUCCGUGGAGACAGCCAAGAGAAAGAAGAGUUUCAAGAUGAUUCGGUCUCAGUCUCUGUCUCUGCAAAUGCCAUCCCAGCAAGAUUGGAAGGGCCCCCCAUCAUCCAGCCCUGCCAUGUCACCCCCAACACCGGUCCCUGCAGGAACGACGUCCCAGGCAGCUCCUGGGGAAUUUGCUAUGCCUGAGUUUCAGCGUGUCACCAUCAGUGGGGAUUACUGUGCUGGGAUCACUGUGGAGGAUUAUGAGCAGGCUGCCAAGAGUCUGGCCAAGGCUCUGAUGAUUCGGGAGAAGUACGCGAGGCUCGCCUACCACCGCUUCCCAAGGACCACUGCCCAGUACCUGCGCCCACAGAGAGCUGAGAAGGGAGGCCCUGGGGAUGAAGUAUUUCCAGAUUUCCACCCACCCCCAGAGCCACAGGAAAAUCCCUACUGUCUGGACAACAUGCCCCCAAACCUGGGCUAUGUGCUCAGGAUGCAGGGUGGUAUCCUCUUCGUGUACGAUAAUGACCAGAUGCUAAAACGCAACGAGCCCAGAAGCCUGCCGUACCCCGACCUGGAGACCUACACAGUGGACCUCAGUCAUAUUUUGGCCCUCAUCACAGAUGGUCCAACGAAAACAUAUUGUCAUCGGCGACUUAACUUUUUGGAAUCCAAAUUCAGCCUCCACGAGAUGUUGAAUGAAAUGUCUGAGUUCAAAGAACUGAAGAGUAACCCUCACCGAGACUUCUAUAAUGUGAGAAAGGUGGACACCCACAUCCAUGCUGCAGCCUGCAUGAACCAGAAGCACCUGCUACGCUUCAUCAAGCACACAUACCAGACUGAGCCCGAUAGGAUUGUCACAGAGAAGAGGGGCAAGAAGAUAACGCUCAGGCAGGUGUUUGAUGGCCUUCACAUGGACCCCUACGACCUCACUGUGGACUCCCUGGAUGUCCAUGCGGGCCGGCAGACCUUCCAUCGAUUUGACAAAUUCAACUCCAAGUACAACCCAGUGGGGGCCAGCGAGCUCCGAGACCUGUACUUGAAAACAGAAAACUACUUAGGUGGAGAAUACUUUGCACGGAUGGUCAAGGAGGUGGCUCGGGAGCUGGAAGAGAGCAAAUACCAAUAUACAGAGCCCAGACUCUCCAUCUAUGGGCGCUCCUCCCUGGAGUGGCUCAACCUGGCCAGGUGGUUCAUUAAUCAUAAGGUCUACUCCCCAAAUGUGCGCUGGAUCAUCCAGGUCCCCAGAAUCUAUGACAUAUUUAGAUCCAAAAAGCUGCUUCCAAACUUUGGGAAGAUGCUGGAGAACAUCUUCUUGCCUCUUUUUGAAGCCACGAUCAAUCCCAGGGAUCACAAGGAACUUCACCUCUUCCUCAAAUAUGUGACAGGCUUUGACAGUGUGGAUGACGAGUCCAAACAUAGUGACCACAUGUUCUCUGACAAGAGCCCUAACCCGGACAUCUGGACCAGUGAGCAGAACCCACCCUACAGCUACUAUCUGUACUACAUGUAUGCCAACAUCAUGGUGCUCAACAACCUCCGCAAGGAGCGAGGAAUGAGCACCUUCUUGUUCCGGCCUCAUUGUGGGGAAGCUGGUUCCAUCACACAUCUGGUCUCUGCUUUCCUGACUGCCGACAACAUCUCCCAUGGACUGUUGCUCAAGAAGAGUCCAGUCUUGCAGUAUCUCUAUUAUCUCGCCCAGAUCCCCAUCGCCAUGUCUCCCCUGAGCAACAACAGCCUGUUCUUAGAAUAUUCCAAAAACCCACUGCGAGAGUUUCUGCACAAGGGACUCCACGUCUCUCUCUCUACUGAUGACCCCAUGCAGUUCCAUUAUACCAAGGAGGCCCUCAUGGAAGAAUAUGCCAUCGCUGCCCAGGUGUGGAAGCUCAGCACAUGCGACCUGUGUGAGAUCGCUCGCAACAGCGUGCUUCAGAGUGGGCUCUCCCACAAGGAAAAGCAAAAAUUUUUGGGGACAAAUUAUUAUAAAGAAGGACCUGAAGGAAACGAUAUCCGAAAGACAAACGUUGCCCAGAUCCGGAUGGCUUUUAGAUACGAGACCUUGUGCAACGAGCUGAGCUUUCUGUCCGAUGCCAUAAAAUCGGAAGAGAUUACAGCUUUGUUGAAUUAGGUUCCAUCUUGGGACACGCCUUUGGAACCUGCUGGUUUUAACCUUGCCUGCUGUGGUGGAUGCCGGUCAAGGGGAGCCUGCUCAGGACCAACUUCGGCCUCCCUGGAAGUGAAGGCUCCGAGAUACUGUCCAGGAGCCUCUCGCUUUGACCUUCAUCCUCUGCAUUCCAGCACAGACCUGGAGCCAAGGCGCUGAGACACUGCAUUGUCUGUGUGCAGUGGGUCCUCGGCGGCUGCAGUGGGGGCUGCUGUGGGGGCCUGGGUUGCUGUUUGUACUUUUUUCUUAGUUUUCCAGACACUUGCCACAAGACUGCCAGCACUUGCAUGAAAGGUUGUACUUUCCAUGGUCAGAGGCCAUUGUAUUGCCAAUCAACUCUUCUAGCCUAAAUGGCAAGUGGAGUAAGAUACAGCCAUUAAGUUUUGACACCAGGAUGACUGGUGUCAUCCUUUAUUUUUUAAAAGGUGUUUUUAUGAAUCUUUUUUGUUCCAAUUUCCAUGUACCGUUCGUUAUAAGCAUUCAUGUAUAGGAUCACAGAAUUCAGAACAGGAAUGUAGCACAGGGAUCAGCUAGUCCAACCAUCAUCUUACAGAUGAGGAAACUGAGGAAUUAAGUGACUUGCUGAAGGUCCCAGAAAGUAGCCCAGUCCAGUCCUUGAGCUCUCUUUCUGUCACACUAAACUGCUCCCUUUCUGAAAGCCCCUUUUCAUCAAUGAACAAUGUUUUCCAGGGAGCAGAAAUCUGGCUCUGAGAGGCUGAGAAGAGAAAACUUAGUUCCACUUAGGAAAAUAAAGGGAAGUGUAAAAACCUCAGUGUAGAGCUAAAGGAACCAGAAAGGGCAGCAAAUCCCUCCUUUUAUCGACGAGGACCCUGGGGCAGGGGAGAGAGGUGGUUUCCUGCCCCCAGUUACACAGUGAGUUCCUGGGAGUCAGAAUUAACACCCAGGUCUCCUGACUUCCAGGCCAGUAUCCGUUCUUUUCUCUUCAACAUACUGCCUCCCUCUCCAAUACUACUUUUAUAUUCUGUAAUUCAUACCUGAGCAAUAAUCAGGAUUCCCUUCUCCUUUUCUUUUCUUUUUUUUUAAUACAACCCUUUCUUUCUGCCUUAGUAAAGACUCUUUAGGCAAACAGGAUUAAGUGACUUGCCUAGGGCCACACAGCUAGGGAAGUGUUUGAUACCAUAUUUGAACCCAGGUCCUUCCAUCCAGGCCAAGCUAUCUAUGAAUUGUGCCACCUAACUGCCUCUCUCCCUUACUUUUCAAAGAAUGAGGACCUGGGUUUAUCAUCUCUAAACAACAAAGAAUAUUUUAUUUUACCCCCCCCCCCCCAUUUCUAUAUACCAUUAUAAACAUUCAUGUAUAGGAUCACAGAAUUUAGAACAGGAAUGUAUCAUGGGGAUCAGCUAGUCCAAACAUCAUCUUACAGAAGAGGAAACUGAGGAGUUAAGUAACCAGAGAUCUUUUGCUGGUGACCUCAGUAAUCAGACAAAAAGGGACUAUGAAUUGGGCUAGUAAAGGAUAGUGAAAUGAUUCAUAAAAGAUCUGAAUUUCAGUUCUCCCAGUUAAUUCCCUACCAAAGUUUCACUUGCAUAUGGCAACUAGAAAGCUGCUUGGGCUUGCUAGCAAGCUCCCUUGUAUAGCUAUAGGUACGUAUAGACCCGGAGAAGCUGUUAUAACUUAGUGGUAGCUAUGUGUGCACAAAUGGUUACUAGACGUCUCAUCCUUCUUGUUAUUUUCUCUGGCCAUGGAAAUAUGGGAGCUGGUGGUUUUGACAGCAAAAAAUCUUCCUGUGUCACAACUCCUUGCCCACUUUGGCAUGUAACUUUCUUAGAAAAGCCCCAAUCAUAUUCAUUUGCACUAAUGUAUAUAACUACUGUACAGUGUGAUUUUAGCUGUCUUAGGGGCAGCCUGUUUAAAAGAAAUGGAAUUAAAGUUUUGUUGAGACAGUUUGCUCAAUCACGUGAACAUGUUUUCCAAUAUGGACAUUGUUAUAGCUCCCUUAUUUUCUCCUUUAAAAAGUGCUGGGGGGAGGAAAAGGAAGGCUGGGGAAGCAUUACCCUAAAUGGAUGGGAUACAGCAGGAAACAACGGACUGCUCAUGAAGGCUCUUCUUAACCCUGGAAGGCAACCUUGGAAAACAUCCCCUGCCCAAAGGCUCAGAGAACUUCCAGUCUUAUGACCCAGGUGCCAGGUCCCAGUGUCUGUAACCAAUAGCCAAGGGCAAUCACCAGUCUCAGUUUUUCACCAUUGUCACAGGGCUGCUCAUAAGAAACCUAAAGGUCUCUCGACUGUGAGUGGCUGCUUGCUUUCUCUCUCUUCCUUUCCCCUGUGGUUUGCUCCAACAUGCCUAGGAUGCAUUUGUCUCAUUUUCACUGACUUGUUUGAUCUACAGGGGCUAUUCUAGAUAACAUCAUUUCCAUAGUCCUUUUCUCUUCGGAAUGUGUUUCUGUCCAAUGGUAUUUACUGGUUUUUGUUUUGCUGACUGCAAUUCUGGGUUGGUAGCAGAAUAACUUGCUGCUUUUCCAAGGUGUGGCCUUCUCAAAGACAGUUCUGGAGAUUUAAUAACACAUUUUCCUUUUUGCUACAUAUUGCCUUAAGGACACAUUGCACAACCUCCUGCAUCACCCACCAUUCUUUCUGCCUUUAGCCUUCUGCUCUUGGAGAUACAGCUGCAAGGCACAGCCUUCUGGAUCGUUCUCACAUCUUUCACUUUUUGCUGUUUGACUAACAUCAUCUUUUUCAUUCAUCUUGUGGACACAACUGAGGGUAGUGAGAUCAUGUCAGCAAUCUGCUCUACUUGAACAAUGUUUUAAAGGACAGAAUUAACUAUAUUAAAAAGAAUUAUUAACUAUA